UUGACUUGAUAGUUCAGUAAAAAUCUAACAACCUGCUAAUAUGAAUGCCAGCUAUAUCAUUCUCUGUGCUCUAGCGAUCCUUGUGGUGGAAGCCAGCACCACUCCAUCGGAGAAGAAGAACGAAACAACAACUAGUAAGCAACCCAAGCAAGACUACGAUAUAUUCGGAAUGGCACUGAGAGGCUAUUACAAAGAUGAUGAUGACGACGAUGAUGAAGAUGAUGACCACCACCACGAUAAUAGUAAAAAUAAUAAUAAUAACGACACUAAGUAUGGCGGAUGGGAAAAUAGAUGGAUAAGUGGUUCUGGCUCGACGACAGACAAUCAAAAAUCGAAAGCUGGUGCAGGAGACAAAUCACGACAAAUGACACCUGUCGAAGAAACGUUGACGAAAUCGUUGUAUGCUAAGUUUGUGGCGUACGAGAAAAUGGCCGAAUCUUAUGAAUUGCUAGGAUUAGGUGUGAAAUUGAAACACAUCCUUGUACAUGAUGCUCUUAACUAAAAACCAAGGAGUAAGACAAGCUAUUGACCAGAUAAAAUUCAGAUGUCACUAUAUUCGUUAGGGAUACGUUUUGUGGUAUAUCUAUCUAUCUAUCUAUAUCUAUAUAUCUAUAUCUAUCUAUCUAUCUAUCUAUCUAUCUAUCUAUCUAUCUAUCUAUCUAUCUAAUUGACUAAUCAGUAUUUUU